AUGACGCCCAUCAAGUUGCUGGUGCAGCCUACUCAGAGACCCGAAGGAAGAACGUACGUGGAAUACGCAUCCGUGGAUGAAUGCAUGGUAGGCAUCUGUAAGAUGUACGAAGAACACCUGAAGAGGAUGAACCCGCUUAGCCAGUCCAUCACUUACGGCGUCAGUCAGCUCUUCGAGUUUAUCGACCGUAUGGUAGACCUCAGCUGCCUGGUGUUCCGCGAAGAUACCCAGACCUACAAGCCUCACAACCGAGAGUGGAUCAAAGAGAGGAUCUACAUGCUACUCAGUCAGCAGGCACAACCAGCCGGGUCAUAG